CUCCCCUCUUUAACAGAGCAGCCAGCAACAGCAGCAGAGACGCCGUGACGUGCUGGGAGAGCGUAAUGCCACCAAGCCUGGAGCUGCCUCUCAGAACAAACGCACAACUGACAGCACUGCCUCGCGCUCCUCCUGGCCGUCCUCAUCCUCCCCCGCUGUUUGCAGCCAGAAAACAGAGCGUGAGAGGCUGCCGAAUCAGGGAAGGCAAGAGAGGAGCAGGGGAAAAAAAACAAGAGGACUGGAAAGAGAUCGCAGGGAGAGAAGACAGCAUGCGUAAAUCAAAGGAAAAGAGUGCAGAGGAGCAUGAGAAUGGAAAGAGGAAGAGAAGCUGAAAGGAGACGUGAAGCCCGUCCGAUGACUACUGCUCUGAUUAACACGUCUUGAUUACGGUGAAAAGGACCCGCGGCUGCGGCUAACCGUCACCUACAGCCUACUCUUCUUUUUCCUCCUCCAGCCACAGGCAGCUGCAGCAGCGUCAGAAACCAGCCUCGGGGCUGGGGAGGGGGGACAAUGCAUCAAGACAGAUGGAGAGAUUGCAACACUCCAGCUCUUCACGCACGCUCAGCUGAUGUGUGGGGGGAGAGCGACGGCUACGCAACCGGCUGAACGCGUCGUUUUCCCACUCCGAAUAGAACGAUGGUGAAAAGCGAUCGGUCUGAGCUGCAGCGAGAAAACAGGAGGGUUCAUCGUGGGCUCUGGAGGAAACGAGGGAGGAUGUGAGCCGGCCGAGCCUGCACUGCACGGCUGUCUUUCAACAACGGCUAAGGAGGGAGGAAAGACCAACAGGGCAGAUGAGAUGAAACUCUUCAGUUCUCACAACCCACUGUCCUGGUGAAACCCUUCAGUAGAGAACUGUUUACUUCUGUUAACAUGAGUAAACAUGAGAAGUCAGAGCUCACUCAGCUUCAGGCUGCUGCUGCUGGUGGAGAUGAUACACAUAUAGUCAGUCUUUUAGGGAAUGAUCAAAGCGAUCUGCAGAUAAGGAAAUCAUCCUAUGGGUUUUAGCUUUCUGAACAACGCACUUCUCUCCAUCGGACUAAGAUUAAAGUUCUGGUUAUCUCUUGGUGUGGGCACAGAUGCAAAUAAAUACUGCAGAGUGAACAACCUUUAAACCAGACACAAACCCCUCGCUUCUGUGAUCAGAGAGCGGCUGAAGAACACAGAACAAUGCAGUGGAGACGGCGCCACUGUUGUACGCACACGGCCAAACUUCUCUAUCUCCUCUCUCUGCUGGGAUUCCUCGUGUUCCUGGUCCACCACGUGCGGCUCCCCAAGCUAACUGGGAUCCCGUGGUGGAGGGGCUACCCUGUGGUGUACGGAGGCACGGUGCUUCAAACCGCAAGAAGCAAAUGGAACGGCAGCGCAGCGCACUCAGCGUGGAGGUUUGUGAUCGUUCCCCAGGGAACGUUGACAACCAAUGCCAACAUCAAUGUCUCUUUUCAUCGUAGCGACACUGGCUUUGAGGGUAAUUUGACAGGCAACAGCAGCCAGAGCCAAAAGGGAGCUCUUAAUGCUACUCUGACCCACGGACCUUUCCCUUAUGUCAUCAACGAGCCGGAUAAAUGCAGACAGAGCAAACUUGCCCUGUUUCUCGUCCUGCUAAUUGCCACCGAAGCUCGUCAGGUGGAAGCGAGGAACGCCAUCCGGCAGACUUGGGGGAAUGAGAGCGUUUUCCCCUCCUUGGGAUUUAUUCGACUGUUUCUGCUGGGGAAGAAAGAUGGAGAGCUGGGACUUCUGCAGCAGAAGAUGCUGGAGGCAGAGAGCCGGAGGCAUCGCGACAUCAUCCAGCAGGACUUCCUGGAUUCCUAUAAAAACCUGACGAUAAAGACUCUGAUGGGAAUGAACUGGGUGGCGAAGCACUGUCCGACGGCGAGCUACGUGAUGAAAACCGACAGCGACAUGUUUGUCAACACGGAGUACCUCGUCUACAAGCUGCUGCGGCCGGAUCUGAAGCCCAAGAAGAACUACUUCACGGGCAACAACAUGAGAGGCUUUGCACCCAACCGGAACAAAAACAGCAAGUGGUACAUGUCGCCCGAGCUCUACCCGGGUGAACGGUACCCCACGUUCUGCUCAGGGACAGGAUACGUCUUCUCUGGGGACCUGGCCGAGAAAAUCUACCGGACAUCGUUGAGCAUCCGCCUACUGCACCUGGAGGAUGUGUACGUGGGAAUCUGCCUGGCCGAGCUGCAGAUCGAGCCCACGCCUCCGCCCAACGGCUUCCUGUUCAACCACUGGAGGGUGUCGUACUCCAGCUGCAAGUACAGCCACCUGAUAACGUCGCAUGGUUUCCAUCCCAAUGAGCUGCUCAAGUACUGGCAUCACCUUCAGAGCAACAAGCACAAUGCCUGCAUCGGCACGCUCAAGGAGAGGUCGAGCAGGGCCCACUCCAGACUCCGGGACAAGCAGGCGCAUUUACUGAAACAGUAGCUGUUAUCUUUGACCAUAUAACUGCGCAAUUUGACAUUUUGUACAUAAAUUUGCUUAAUGAAAACACAACACUUUUGCCAAAAAAAAAAUUUUUUUGGUAAGUUUUGGCAUUAGGAUGAAGUGUUUUGUUUUAACUAUGCUGAAAUUGGUUUAUUUCACAAAACUCCAACAGAAAUACUUUCGCGUCACACAAAUCGCAUGAUUGACAACCAGAUGCUACUGGGUUCAAGCAACUAAGAUGACAAGAAGUGGUAGGAGGAUGAUGGCGCCGCAUGUUUAAUGGCUUACCGUGUGAACAAACUUAUUUAUGUGUGAUUUUAAUUGUGUUUGAUAGAAAAGCCACAAUUGCGUUUUGCAAAAUUGUGUUUUUUCAACACAGGCGGAAUAUUGACAGAGUUUUGCCAAUAUUUGUAAUGGAAGCGCAGCGACUGUCGGGUCCAUUUAAACCCUACUGCUCAAUACACCAAUGAUCACCAUCACUGUUGAACAAACCUUACUUAUUUUGAGAUAAGACAAACAAAACGUGUAAAAAGUGAUAAAAUCCUGUGAAAUUGUUGCCAUUUUUCAGCUAAUGCUGUUUCUACCGGAGUGAUUCCCAGCAGAACGUCCAUGUACACGGUGCUGUCAUGAAAAAUAAAGGGUGAAAUGAACAGGCGUGCAGAUGAAACGUCUCUGUACAAUGUUAAAUCUGCUGUCGAGUUUGAUAAUCUGAAAUAAAUAAACAUUUCCAACACAACAACCACAGCUUUAGGGGGGGAAAAAAAUGGUGAGCAGGUAGUGGAAGGUGAGACUGAAACUAACCAAUCUCAGCUCAGCUAUCUGGCUGUAUUAUCAUCCAGUUCCAGAAUAGUGAAAGAUGUCACAGAAAAUACAAAAUGACAAGACCAGCAGGAAUCAUUAUAGAGAGGCUUUGCUUAGCAACACAGUAUUUUUUUUUAGUCAUACUGUUUCCAGUGCUAAGCAGGUGCUAGUGCAGCAUAUCACUCUGACACCAAUAAACUGAUGUUAUUUCAGCCAAACUGAUUGAAGGGUUAGAUGAACCAGUUAAAAGUAAAACCAACACGUUAAAUAUAAAUAAUGUGGAAAAAUAUGCACCAAAUAUUUUAGAAAUUUGCCUCCGCCUCCCAAAUGGAAAAAAAAGAGAAAAAAGUAUGGUUUACUAUGUUUACAAGUAUAAGUAAACAUAUUACUUCACAUUGAUGUUUAGGUCUUAAAUUGUAAUCAAAGUCAAAAACAAUAUUCUGGUUCACACAUAUAUGAGAUGGACCAAUUUAGACCUGAAAGUUAAAGGUGUGUUUUUUUCUGCCAAUAAUGCAGCAGAACCAGUGUUGUUACAAAGUCCAGGCUGUAAUAUCCUGACUCCAAAAGAUUCCUCUUCCUUUUUUUCCUGCAUUAAAAUAAAUCUGCAGUUCAUGUUGAUAAAAUUACAUAAAAGUAUUCUGUUCUAGUCCUAAGUGGAAAAAUUUAACAUUUAAAGGUUUGACUUCAUUAGAUGAUAGUAAUAAAUCCAGCUCUAACUCAGUUUAAUCUCUUCUUAGAGCAAUGCCAUGAAUAAAUCAGAUACCUGUUGGUUAAAUAUUAGGCUGGUGGUAUAAGGGCUUUUGUUUGCAGCACUAAUGAAGUUCAAUAAAGUUAAACAUUUCCCA